AUAAAACUCUUUGAGAAGAAACAUUUUACUUAAUAUAUAUCCGAAAUCCUCUUUGCACUAAUUCAAAUAAGCAAGUUCAAUUUUUUUUUUCAAAGCAAUGACACUCAUGGAGAAAUCCUUGUUCUAUUCUCAAUUAGCAUUUUUGUUACUUCAAUGUAUAGUAACUAGCUUAGCUAUCAAGACAGAAACCAAUAUUACAACUGAUCAGUCCGCGCUUCUUUCCUUGAAAUCUCAUAUCAUUUCUGACCCUUUUCAGCUCUUGUCCAAAAGCUGGUCUCAGGACACUUCUGUUUGCAAUUGGAUUGGAGUCACUUGUGGCUCUAGGCACAACAGAGUGACUUCCUUGAAUAUCUCCAACAUGGGUAUAACAGGAACCAUCCCACAACUUUUUGGGAACCUCACAUUUCUUGUUUCUCUUGACUUGGAUAGCAACAAUUUCUUUGGCAAUCUGCCUCAAGAAAUGGUUCGUUUGCGUAGAUUGAAGCUCAUGAAAUUGAGUUAUAACAAUUUUAGUGGUGAAGUUCCUUCUUGGUUCGGUUUCUUAGCUCAACUUGAAGUUCUUACUCUUAAGAAUAAUAGUUUUACUGGUUUAAUUCCGUCUUCACUUUCUAACAUUUCCAAUCUUGAAGCUUUGGAUUUAGCCUUCAAUACUUUGGAGGGUAACAUCCCAAAAGACAUUGGAAAUCUAAAGAAUUUGAGGGGUUUAAACCUGGGACAUAACAAUCUUACUGGUACUGUUCCUCCAUCCUUCUCAAAUGCUACAAAGCUGGAAAAGUUGAUUCUUUCUUAUAAUUUCCUUCAUGGAAACAUCCCAAAUGAGAUGGGUGAUCUUCAGAACCUGAACUGGUUGAUUAUAGAAAAUAAUCAGCUUACAGGUUCUAUACCGUUCUCAAUUUUCAAUAUUUCCACACUUGAGUCUAUUGGAUUUUCCCAAAAUGGUUUAUCUGGUGACCUCCCUGAUGAUUUAUGUGAUCAUCUUCCGAUACUCAAAGGGCUUUAUCUUUCUUUUAAUAAGCUACAAGGCCAUAUGCCACAAAGCUUGUCAAGAUGUUACGAACUUCAGCUAUUAUCUCUAUCAAAUAAUGAUUUUGAUGGACCGAUACCUAGUGAAAUUGGGAUGUUAAGUAACUUGCAGACCUUAUAUCUUGGUUUUAACCGUUUCACAGGGGAAAUACCACAGGAAAUUGGGGAUCUUGUUAAUUUGGUAAUGAUAGGCAUGGAGAGAAACCAGCUUACAGGCUCUAUACCCAAGUCCAUAUUCAAUAUUUCUUCACUACAACUUCUGUCACUGCAAAACAACAAUUUUACUGGAUCCUUAUCGAGGGAGAUUGGAAAUCUUACUAUGCUUCAAGGUCUAUAUCUUGGUCAAAACAUGCUUACAGGUGAAAUACCAAAAGAGGUAAGCAACCUCAUUGAGUUGGUGGACAUUGAUUUGGGGAGUAACAGAUUCAGUGGUUCAUUUCCGAUGGGGAUAUUCAACAUCUCAGGACUGAGAUUGAUUGAUCUUACAGAUAAUACUCUAUCGGGAACCCUCCCAUCGAGUAUAGGUUCUAUGCUUCCCAACAUAGAACUUCUUUAUCUAGGUGGCCUAACGAACCUUGCUGGGAGUAUGCCUCAUUCUCUCUCAAAUUGUUCAAGACUUACUGCUCUAGACCUUUCACUGAACAAACUUUCCGGCUCGAUUCCCAACUCUCUUGGAGAUUUGACACUCCUACAGACCCUAAACUUGAUGGAAAACAAUUUAAGCAGUGACCAGUCUUCUCAAGAACUUAACUUCUUAACUUCAUUGACAAACUGCAGAAAUCUAAAACAACUGAGUCUUUCCUUUAACCCUCUAAAUGGUAUGCUUCCACCCUCAGUUGGGAACCUUUCAACUUCUCUUGAAAAGAUUUUGGCUUCUGAUUGCCAAAUUAAAGGUGAUAUUCCGAAUGAUAUUGGGAAUUUAAGCAGCUUAAUCUACUUGUUUCUAUAUGGGAACAGAUUGACUGGACCGAUUCCCGGGACACUUGGCAGCUUAGGCAGGCUUCAGGAAUUUUCUUUGGCUAACAACAGACUAAAAGGAUCUAUUGGAGAUAGCCUUUGUAAAAUGCAAAACUUGGGUAACAUAUACUUGGGUGAAAAUCAAUUCUCAGGACUUGUUCCUAAUUGUUUAGGGAAUGUUACUUCCCUUAGGGGGAUAAAACUCAAUUCCAACAGAUUGAGUUCAAAUAUACCAUUAAGCUUAGGUAACCUCAAAGAUCUUCUGGAGCUCGACUUAUCGUCUAACAACAUGAGUGGUUCUUUACCUGCAGAAAUUGGAAAUCUAAGGGUUGCAAUUCGUAUAGAUCUUUCGCAUAAUCAAUUUUCAAAUGGUAUUCCAAGAGAAAUUGGAGACAUGCAAAAUCUGAUAUACCUUUCUUUGGCACAAAACAAGUUGCAAGGAUCUAUACCUGACUCAAUAGGUAGCAUACCGAGUUUGGAAUUUCUAGACCUCUCGAAUAACAAUCUAUCUGGAUCAAUUCCGAUGUCCUUAGAGAAGCUUCGGUAUCUCAACUAUUUCAAUGUUUCCUUUAACAGCUUGCAGGGUGAAAUUCCUUUUAGUGGUCCUUUCAAGAACCUUUCCAGCCUGUCAUUCAUGUUCAAUGAAGCAUUGUGUGGUGCUCCAAGAUUUCAUGUCCCUUCGUGCCCCACUUCUUCAAACCAUAGAUCAAAGAGGAAGAAGUUACUUCUGAUAGUCUUUCCUCUACUCGGAGCUGCUGUGACAAUUGUUUUUGUAACAUUGGCAUUUGUGUGGAUGAGGUACAGAAAAGAAGGAAAUGUUCCAGUCCAAGCUGAUUUGUUAGCUACAAGGGAAAGAAUUUCAUACUAUGAAAUCAUACAAGCCACAAAUGAUUUUAGUGAGAGUAAUUUCAUUGGUUCAGGGAGUUUUGGUUCUGUUUACAAAGGAAUUCUCAUAAAUGGGACUAUCAUUGCAGUUAAAGUGUUCAACCUACAAGUUGAAGGUGCAUUCAAGAGUUUUGAAACAGAAUGUGAAGUUCUUCGCAACCUUCGCCAUAGGAAUCUCACCAAAGUCAUUAGCAGUUGCUCCAACCUUGAUUUCAAGGCUUUAGUGCUCGAGUACAUGCCUAAUGGGAGCCUUGAAAAGUGGUUGUAUUCACACAACUACUUCUUAGACAUCCUUCAAAGACUAAGCAUAAUGAUUGAUGUGGCAUGUGCAUUGGAAUAUCUCCACCAUGGUUGCUCAGCACCUGUGAUUCAUUGUGAUCUGAAGCCUAGCAAUGUCUUGCUAGAUGAAAACAUGGUAGCUCAUUUAAGUGACUUUGGCAUUUCUAAACUACUCAGUGAAGAUGAGAGUGAUUUACACACUAAAACCUUAGCAACAUUCGGCUACAUUGCACCAGAGUAUGGAAGGGAAGGAUUGCUGUCGCUAAAAUGUGAUGUUUAUAGUUACGGGAUCAUGCUGAUGGAAACAUUCACGAGGAGAAGGCCGAACGAUGAAAUAUUUGAUGAAGAUCUUAGUUUAAAGAAAUGGGUGAGUGAUUCACUCCCAGAGGCAACAAUCAAAGUUGUAGAUGCGAAUUUUCUAACACCAGAAGAUGAGAAAUUCAUGGAAAAGAUAGAUUGUGUAGCAUCCAUCAUGAAAGUGGCACUGGAUUGCUCUGCUGAAUCUCCUGAAGAAAGGAUCUACAUGAAAGAUGUUGUAGGAACACUACAAAAGAUCAAGAUUCAACUUCUUUCAUGUUCCGCAAGUGCAUAAAGACAUUUGACUCAUGUCACUUGAGGGUAUAGAAAGUGUUUGGUUAACUUUUUAGCUGCAUACCUAGACUGUUUUCCUUUCUAGCUGCAUAAGAUAUUCCUAUUCUUAUUGAGAUCCUUUGUGAAUUU